GUAAAAUUGUCCACGUGCUCAAUAUGCGGGAAAGUUCUGUGUUCGAAGGCAUCGCUGAAGCGGCAUUGCCGACAAGCGCCCGAGAGGCAGGAGGAGUACCGAUGUACCAUAUGCGGUAGUCUACUGCUCGAGGAACUCUCUGAUGACACAUAUACACCUGUGCCCCUCCGUAUGCCUCCGCCGACAGCUGGCGGCAUCAACGAGCCUCAAGAGUGUCCGUACUGCCGCAGGACAUUCUCUUGUUACUAUUCCUUGAAACGACACUUCCAAGACAAACACGAGCAGUCUGAUACUUUGUACGUGUGCGAGUUCUGCCACCGAAGGUACAGAACCAAGAACUCGCUGUGCACUACAUGA